CACCUCAAACUCUUUACAAGUCUCAGCUGUCCCAACCAGCAUGGGCGCAUUCCUUUGCAUGCGCGUCGACGUCUGAGUGAGCAGCAUGCUGUUGGCCUCUAUUGGCGUUUUAUAAUUGUGGUAUUGGUGUGUUCAUAAAGUCGACUUUAAUUCACAUGAAAAUACUGCAAAUAUCACUUUAACACGGUAGCGCGCGAGAAAUGUCUUAUUUGCUUACAGUAGGAUUUCCCAACGGAGUUGCUCCACCCAAAAGAGGAUAUGGGCUUGUUGAAGCGGACUAGUGUGGUAACGUGCCAGAAAGAGCUGAACGGGACGGAACACUCUUGAACUGUUGAAGUUCUGGGGCAAAGUCCUGAGUUAAAGUGUAUAAUAAUCACAUGGCAUUUUAAGAAUGCGCCAAAGAUGGCGGUAGCUACAGCGGUUUCUGGGCGCAGAGUGCAUAAAAGUGGAUUUUUGGAGGUUUUGGUAAAGGACCGAUGGCACAAAGUUUUGGUCAACUUGAACGAAGAAGCCUUCACGCUGAGUUGUGAGGAUCUGGGAGAGAAUGUGAACUUAAACGGCAUCACCAACGGGUCAUUCGGGAACAACACAAACCACCCCGGUCCCACUAGCAGUCCCAAAACUGCGGUGCGGACAGCUUUCACGGAUUUACCGGAGCAAGUGCCAGAAGCGAUCGCCAACCGUAAAAGAUGUGUCCAAGUCAUAAAACAAGAGGUCGGGGGACUCGGGAUCAGCAUUAAAGGCGGUAAAGAGAAUAAAAUGCCUAUUUUGAUAAGCAAGAUUUUCAAAGGUCUAGCAGCGGAUCAAACCCAAGCGUUAUAUGUGGGAGACGCUAUUCUGACGGUUAACGGGGCAAACCUGCGGGAUGCCACGCACGACGAGGCGGUGCAGGCGCUUAAACGAGCUGGGAAAGAGGUGACACUAGAAGUGAAGUACAUGCGUGAAGCCACCCCAUACGUGAAGAAGGGGUCUCCCGUGUCAGAGAUCGGGUGGGAGACCCCCCCACCAGAGUCCCCGCGCCUGGGCAGCCCUCCCAGCGGCUCUCCAUGCACCCCAACCAUGUCCUUGCAAGGGGACCGAAGGUACAUCCCUCUAAAGAUGUGCUACAUCACCCGAGGGAUGGCCGCCCCUGACCCAGAGAACAGGCAGGUGGAGCUACAUUCUCCUGAUGCCAGGCACACAGUGGUGCUGAGGUGCCCCGACACCAACUCUGCCCAGGCCUGGUUCUCUGCCAUGCACUCAACCACCACAAACCUGGCAACCAAGGUCAUCACAGAGGUCAAGGGGCACACUGGCAGGACGGGCAUCGCCGGGAGUCGUGAAAUCCGACACUUGGGUUGGCUGGCUGAGAAGACCGAGAGUGAAAAGCAGCAUUGGAAGCCAGUACUGGUGGUGGUGACAGAGAAGGAUCUGCUCCUCUAUGACAGCCUUCCCAGGAUGAAGGAGGCCUGGCAUAGCCCUACACACGCCUACCCCCUGCUAGCUACACGGCUGGUCCACUCCGGCCCAGACCGAGGCUCCCCUCAGCCGGGUCUGGAGCUGUCUUUUGCUACGCGAACGGGGACCAGGCUGGGCAUUGAAGCUCACCUCUUCAGGGCGGAGACCUGCAAGGACCUAUCGCUGUGGACCAGGCACAUUGUGACCGGGUGCCACGCAUCUGCUGAGAUGAUCAAGGAAGUCACCACAACAUUUCUCCCCAGUUUUUAUAAUCACAAUCUUUCAAUAAUUGGCAAUGUUACUAAUAUUUCCUCUACCAGGAGAUUUAACUGCACAAUGGUCCAGGGAAAUUGUUUAAAGGAAGAUAAAUGGUUUUGGAACUAGGCCCAUAAUUCCAUCACAUACAAUGCUGUACAAAGAAUCAGUUGCCUAGGUAAACAGUGUUUUAUUCUAUUCGCCAGUGAAGGUGAUUUGAGACAAGGCUGUUGAGGUGAGCUGGGAUUAAAGAACUGUAAGUUUCUGCCCGUAAAUAAUCUUUUUAGGGAGUCUGGUCGUCAUAGCAACCCAACCUGAUCCUCCUAGCUGGAGGAGGUCUGUGCCCCCCUCUCUCCCUGUCCAACGAGGCUGAAAGAAGGCUCUUUGUUCUGGGCUGAAAGCGCCUGUGUGCGAAGCCCCUCUGGUGGGAGGGCCCAGGUAGGGACCAGGAUGACAGGCACCAGAGACUAGGGUAGGAUAUCCAUAUUGUGACUCUUACAAAAACUAAACGUAUGCCCUGAAACCUGUCAUAAACUUCUUGUUUGGGAUAAGAAUUCCAAUCUUUUAUUUAGAUUGUGCCCUUCAGCCGUCUGUAAGUUCUUAGUGAGAGAAAAUAGUCUAAAACUAUCUUUCACUCACUCACACACACACACACUCACACGUGCAGACACACACACACACAAGACAAAGUCGUCCUAAGCAGCGUUGUGCCUGUUAUCAGCGCUGUGGUCUGGCUUGGCUUUGGACAAAAGACUUUGGACGAGAAGGAAGAGGUGCACACAGUAAGCCGCGCUACUACACAGCCAUGGGAGCGAUUUGCUGAGCUUUAGCAGGACAAACGUUAAGUAGUUGUAAAAGUAGUGUGUUGACAUCCAGAGAAUGGAGAUGGUAAAUCCUCCUUUCAGCAACAGAGAUAUUGUCAGAUGAGCUGUGCUGAGGUGGUAAUUGAAAGCAUGGGAAUAGGGAUAUUGGAUACCCUUGAGAGGUGAGAGAGAGCAUUCUUUAAAGACAAGGACUGGUAGGGAUACUGUAUUUGAACUCAACAUAGUUGAAGAGUCGAUGACUCAACACCCUACUCUACUGUAAAUUGGGAUGUUAUUUACAAGUCACAUGGGUUGUUUGUCGAACUGUGACACAACCACGUGUGGUACAGGAAGGAACACACGUGCCUUGUGACGCCUUGAUAUUUACAUUGUGGGAACAUUGUUUCAUGAUUGUACAGCCAUGCCGCAAUCGAGAAUCGCACGCAUAUUUGUUUGUUCUGUCUUUUUCUAGUUUGUUCUUUCAUUCAUCUGCUUACUCGCCCGCCGAUUAUUAAAUAAUUCCAUAACUCUUUCAUCCUCAUGAGGUUUCUGCUUUCUGAUGCCGAUUCCCACUGUUUUGCCGUCUGCGUCUGUCCACU